GCGACGUGAUAGCAAACAAGAGAAGAUGAGACAGAAUAUGGCAGGAGUGAAUGAAUGGUUCGGUAUUGGGAGUAUAGUGGUCUGUAAAACAUGUUACAACAAAGAAAUAGAAGGAGAAGUGCUGGCAUUUGAUCCAACAACAAAAAUGUUAAUUCUGAAAUGUCCUGCUUCAAGUGGACGUGCGUCAUUGAAUGAUGUUCAUAUUGUGAACUUGGCUCUUGUCAGUGAUGUUCAAGUGAAGAAAGAAGUGAACUCGGUACCAGAAGCUCCAGCUUCACUUAAUUUGCAAAGACUAAAUUCGAGGGUACGGAAGCAGAUAGAAGAGAAGAGAAGGCUUGUAGCAUCACUAGCAGCAGGUGUAUCUCCAGAGGGACAAAAGCUUUUUCUGGCAAUCUCAAGGACAAUUAAGGAUGUUACCUGGCAAGGCCCCAAUAUUUUGGUGUUUGAGCAAAUAACCAUCACUCCACCAUAUAAAUUAGAAAAUAUUCGGGGUGAUUCAGAGAGUAAAGCUUUUCUCCAUAUCCGAAAAGUGAUGGAGAAACAUGCGAAAGACCAGGCAGCUGUUGCAGCAGCCGAAGCUGCGGGGGCUCACUCGUCACCGCAGUAGCAACUAUUGGCGUACUGCAGAAAAACACACACACACACACACACACACACACACACACACACACACACACACACACACACACACACACUUGUUUACCUGUUUCUGUGUUUUGAGUCCCUCCUCAGCUGGCACAAAUCAUUCUUUCAUUUCUUUUGCAUCAUUUUGUGAACUGUUUUUUGUUUUUUCUUUACUGCCGAGGAACAGUGGAGAAGAAAUGCCUUUCUCCCAUGAAUGAUGUGUACAAUCCGGUAAAUGUAUUACAUUCAGUGUUCCCUACAAUAAGCGUAAGCAUUUUUGUCAAAAAGUGCAACUUGUUUAUUGAAUUUUACACUACUUUUACAGUGGCAAACAUGUUUGAAAGUUGAAUAUUCAGUUUUUUACAAUUUUUGAAAUUGUCAUAUUGAAGAAGUCAGUUUACAGUUGUACACGGUGGACGCCAAAUAGUAUCUGAAAGUACCGAGUACCAAAUGUAUUUAGUUUCGAAAUAUAUAAUAUAUUGCUGUAUGAUCCUGUUAUGUACUAAAUUUGUUGUAGUUUUCUCAUAUAACAUUCCAUUAGUGAAUGUACAGCAAUACACCAUUCUUGUUAUGUUGUC